AUGUCUACGAAGUAUGUCUACAAAGUCUACAACUUCCCCAUGGUAUGUGGAAUAAGCGGAAAUUCAGUCCACAUUUUUACCUAUGGCCGGGGGCCCUUUGACUUGCCCCCCCCCCCUUUUCUCAUGGCCCCCCCCCCCCUUGUCAUAAAGAGUCGCAAAAACAGUGUUUGGACUAACACAAGACAACGCUGA